AUGACUUUAAUCACUAUUUCACAAUCCUUGGAUGAAUCAUACACCAAAAAUGAAAUCAUUCCCGAUGUCAUUGACGAGUUUGAGACUCAAGGUUUGUUAUCCAUUGAAUACGGCCCCACUGAAUUGGUCACCUUGGGUAACACUUUAGCUAAAGCCUCGACUCAAGAGCCACCAAAGAUACAAUUGACCUUGAACUCGCCAACAGAGGACGGCAAGAUUGAAAGCAUCAGUCCAGACGACAAAUUUAUUUUGGUCUUUACCGAUCCAGAUGCGCCAUCAAGAACUGACCACAAGUGGUCGGAAUACUUGCACUGGUUGGUCACUGACUUGAAAUUACCAGAUACAAAGACUGAAAGUGGUGAAGCCAGUAUUAGCCAUUUCAUCAACGCCAAGGAUGGCCAUGAGUUGUUCCCAUACGUUGGCCCAGGUCCACCACCAAAGACUGGUAAGCACAGAUAUGUAUUCUUAUUGUACAAACAAGACCCAGAUGUUGAGAAGCCAGAAGCUCCAAAGGAUAGAAGAAACUGGGGUACCGAUGUUCCAGGUUCUGGUGUUAGAGACUGGAUUAAGAAAGCAGCACCAAACUCCAAAUUGUUGGCUGUUAACUUUUACUACUCUCAAAAUGAGGACCCAUAA